AUGCCAGCGGGCAAUUCCUGGAUUAUGGAUGAUGCCACCCGCAACAAACUUCUGAAAAAAUACAAGACCCAGGUGGCUUCGGGGGUUUCAACAAUCUGCGCCACUCUCGCUGUGACUCCCCUGGAGAAUAUCAAAACGCGUAUGCAGACGCACAAUUUUCGAAAUGUCUUCCAAUGUAUCCGCUAUCUCUGGCGUACCGAGGGACCCCGCGGUUACGUCGCUGGAGCGCUACCACCUCUGGCAAGUGUCACGGCAGUUCGUGUUGUGAACUUCUCUACAUAUAACGCGGCCAAGCAUCGGAUCUCCCAGUUCGUUGAGCGAAUCACCGGCGAGGCUCCUCUGACCAUUUAUAACACCCCGGGCAGCAGUCCUACUGCGUCGACCCUAUUCACCUUUACCGCUGCCGGCUGUAUCGCGGGUCUCAUUACCUCCCCACUUGCCUGCCCAUUUGAACUGGCCAAGAAUGUCGUUCAGACGUCUGUCCUAGUUUCCAAUCGUGCCCAGGCGUCCCCCGAUGCCGUCGCGGACCCCUCCCUACGUAACAGACCUCGCCUUGGCACUAUUGAGGCGAUCAGGCAGAUCAUUCGUCGCUAUGGUUUCCGCGGUCUAUAUACAGGGUUCCACCUCCACGCACUGCGCGAUACUAUCGGCUCCGGCUUAUACUUCAAUGUUUACGAGACCGUGAAGCAGGUCGCAGCGAAGGAGCUUGGCCCGGACAAGUCUCCCUUCGGAGGUCCAAUGAUUGCCGGUGCCAUUUGCAGCACCGUGCCAUGGUUUUGCACUUAUCCUCUCGAUACCCGAAAAACCCGCGCCCAGAGCGUUCUGCUUGGCAAGUCCAAGGAGGUGGGCGAGGCGUCGAAAGCUGUCUCCAAAUCGAGCAUGUAUAAAGGCCUGUCCAUCAUCCUUAUCCGGACCGGAGUGAACAACAUGAUUUUGCUGAGUAUGUUCGAGUACAUCAAGAUGCGGAUCAACCAGCUGGACGGCUAG